AGAUGGUACUGGCAGGGCAGAAGUAAAUGUAGGCAGUUUUGAGCCAUAUUAAGAGGGUUUAAAAAAAUGUAUAUAGCUGAUUGGAUUGAAGUACAUUGCAGAAGUUACAGGUUGAUUGAUUUUACUUUUUUUCCUCUAGGAAUUAUCCAGCCUGCCUUUGCUGCUAUGGAACAGAAACUGAUUUAAACGAAGUAUCUUGAUUUUUGUACGUUGUAGCAUUCCUAAAAUUCUAAUCCUAUCUUCUCUUACAUUAAAAACUUUAUUUAAGUUAGAAAUAUGAAGCAGUUGAAAAGGAAAAGGAAAAGCAAUUUUAGUGUUCAAGAAACUCAGACUCUUUUGAAAGAAAUUACAAAAAGGAAAGAAGUCAUUUUUUCCAAGCAACUCAACACAACAAUUAACGUGAUGAAGCGCAUGGCUUGGGAGGAGAUCGCACAGUGUGUGAAUGCCGUGGGAGAAGGAGAACAGAGGACAGGGACCGAAGUGAAAAGGAGGUACCUCGACUGGCGCGCACUUAUGAAGAGAAAGAGGAUGAAAGCGAACAUUAAGCUGGUUGGUUCUGGGUUUCCCCUUCCUUCAUCUGAUUUAGAUGACUCUCUUACUGAAGAGAUAGAUGAAAAGAUUGGAUUCCGAAACGAAGCAAAUUUUGAUUGGCAAAAUGUGGCAGAUUUCAGGGAUGCAGGUGGAUCCUUAACUGAGGUCAAAGUGGAAGAGGAAGAAAGAGAUCCCCAGAGUCCUGAGUUUGAGAUUGAGGAGGAGGAGGAAAUACUGUCAUCGGUCAUACCAGAUUCCCGGAGGGAAAAUGAACUUCCUGACUUCCCUCACAUCGAUGAGUUUUUUACUCUAAACUCAACACCAUCUAGAUCUGCCUAUGACGAGCCCCAUUUGCUUGUAAACAUAGAGAAACAGAAGCUGGAGUUGGAAAAGCGACGGCUGGAUAUCGAGGCUGAAAGACUGCAGGUCGAAAAGGAGCGCCUGCAGAUCGAGAAAGAGCGGCUGCGGCACUUAGACAUGGAGCACGAGCGGCUGCAGCUGGCGAAGGAGAGGCUGCAGAUCGAGAGAGAGAAGCUCAGGUUACAGAUAGUCAACUCGGAGAAACCGUCUUUGGAAAAUGAACUCGGUCAAGGAGAAAAGCCCGUACUUCAACCACAGGACAUAGAAACAGAGAAGUUAAAACUCGAGAGAGAACGCUUGCAACUGGAAAAAGAUAGGCUGCAGUUUUUGAAAUUUGAAUCGGAGAAGCUGCAGAUUGAAAAGGAGCGCUUACAAGUAGAGAAAGAGAGACUCCGAAUUCAGAAGGAAGGACACUUGCAGUGAUUUCUCUAGGUCUCCACUAGCAAGUGUUUGUAAACCGUAGGUUUUCUCUGUAUCAGGUGAUAUGAAAAUGGUCGCAGGAUUAGCUGUUUUUCCCCGUUUAAUGUCAGUGUUUCAAUAGGAAAAAGAUAGUUGUAUGUGGGUAACUGUAUGCUUAAUAGUGUAUUAUAUAAAAAUUACGUGCCCUCGCAUAGACAGCGUAGCAGGAGCUAUUGCGCUGCACUCUGUAAAGCAGUGACAUUGCAUAGUGUGUGUAAUCUGUGCACUGAGUUUACAGUCAUGUUUGCGUAAAAUUCUAGCUCAGUGAUUCUCAGCUGGGGAUGAUUUUUGCCCCCAGUGGAUGUUUGGCAGUUUUUGGUUGUCAGAACUGGGACGUCGGGCGUUGUGUUGGCCUGUCGUGGGUAGAGGCCAGGGAUGCCUACGUCUGGCAGUGCGCUCGAUAACCCGCCACAAAAAGAAUUGUCCAACAGAAAUGUCAGUAUUACUGAGGGGAGAAGCCCUAUCCCAGUCUGACUGCACCUCUGUGGCUUGUUUUAUAGUUUCAGAGUAUUAGACCUCAGAUAUUUGUGUGGGUAGUUACUUACAUGGCCAACAAACUUUACUAGUAACUAUGAAACAUAACUGUGUAGUAUAUAGCAUUUAGGAAGUGAUGAAAAGUAUAGAUAUUUUAUUUCCAUGUUUCCAUCUAUAAAUAACCCGAUUUCAGAAACAAUACAGGGAACAUCAGUGAUUGUCCAAAAUGAGUUACUUUGAAAAGCAGUUCAUUCAUCUAACUGUUGGUGCUUUAGAAGCAACACACACUUUUUAAGCUUUAGUUCCCUUUCUUCUUUGAAUCCAUUUCCAUUGUAAAAUUGUCAUUUCAACCAUGUACUGAAGUCUUAAAGUAAGUGAAUGGUUGAAGCUAGUAAAAAUGAUACCAAUGUAAAAACGAUACCAGUAGUCCACGAGCUUGAACUCAGUGAGUGGUUAUUUGACUUUUAAAAUAAAUAAUAGUUAUUUGGGUGUAGGGGUGGGAGAGAAUGUCCUCUGAAUCAUGAUGAUGAUGAUGAAGUAAUGAUAAUAGUAGCUGUGUGUUAUGAAUUAGGGAAGCACUGUCUGACCUAAACUGUAGAACAGUUUUUGAGGGUAGUACCUAAUAUUCCUUAAUUGAGGCUCAGAGAAGUCACACACUGAAUGAAGGGCUGAUCUCAUAUAUUGUAGUGUGUUUUGUCUUUGCUCCUUCCUGAGGAACAAAGUUUAUAUCUUCAGUCCCUUAAGUCUGGUAUUUGUUCUGAGACCAAGGGCUUUUGCUUAACCUGGUGAUUUGCUUUCAGCCCCCUGAAGUCCUUUUUCCACAAGCCAGGUGAUUCUAAUACACGCCAAAGUUGAGAAUCACUGCACGAGAUCACUUUGCAUUUUCUGAUUUCCAGGGCUGAUGUGUAGCUUUAAUAUAUAUAUCCCUUUUGUUGACAGAUAUUAUCUUGAUUCUGCGUUUGUUCCUUGUUAAUUUAAGAAUGUCUUGAAACCAUAUGUGAUAUCGGAGUAUGGGUACACAAGGAAAAAUAGACUUCUGCUUAGUUACCUUGACUUGACAUAGUGUUAUUUUUCUAUAACUGAAAUAAAUGCUUCUACUCUAGAAAUAAAAUUUGCCUAUACU